CCAGGGGGAUUGGGAGGACUGGCCGCCGCCCUCAGGGAAGUCGGAGGCGCGGGCGGCUUAGGACGGGACUGGGUGCCGGGUUCGAGGGUGAACGCCGCCGGGUGGAAGCCGAAGGGCUAGCAGGGGGAGGGGCGCAGACCCUGGGACUUUGGGGCGGUCGCGAGGAGCGUACCCCUCCCCACAGACAGGACCGGGACGGCUGGGGGUGAUCUUGUCUCCGGGUUUGGAUUCUCCUGGGGUCUGCCUUCAGUUUGACGACUUCGCUGGAGCCCAGGGCCGUACUUUGAAGAGUUUUUGCCCCGUUAACUGUGCUUCCUCAAGUAGGGGUCGCCCUCCAGGAAACAGGAGUUUCCUGGGUUUUCCAGGGUCCUGGGUUACUUUUGAGGGGUGCAUAAUAUAUGUGGAGGAGGAUUUAGAAGAGUCUCUUUUCUGACGCGGCCUUCCGUCCGUCCCCCUCCCCUCAGGCCAGCUGUCCCCUCCACACUGGUUCCACUUCCCUAAGUGCCAGUACAAUGGAAAUAGUGUGUGCACGGGUACUUGGACCCUUAACAAUUCACGCAGAAUAUUUCUGCUCGCCCCAGUUCCUCUAGAGUUCUAGAAGGUGAACUUUCUGGUAGCCAACAUCGGACUUUUUACCAUCAGGGUAGCUGUAACUAGGCCUCUUGUACUUUUGCUGGGUGGCCUUGGCCAAACUUUUACCCUCUCUGGUGUGUUAAUUUCCUGGAUAUUGAACACCGCAGAGUGGCUUAUGAAGUCUGUUUAAGCCUUUUCAUGAAGUUGCUGAGAGGUGCCUUGGAAUUUGUGUUGCCGAGUCAGCAAGACUUUUGGAUUUGCUCGGCUUUUGUUGUUUGCAUUUUAUAUCAAGAUGGGAACUCAAACAAGUCAUUCCUCCUAAGGAUCUAGUGUCUCCAUCAAGGAGGGACAGCUUGUGCCAGCUCGCCAGAGAGCAGAGGUCUGCUGGAAGCACUGUGCAAUGAACUGGAGACUCCAGCCCAGAGUGGUCUGAAACCAUUUGGGAAAGAAGAGGGAGUCCUGGGGAAGAUGGCCAUGGCCCCAGGCCCUUCCCUGGCUCAGGUGUACACCAGCCCUGUGGCAGUGGCUGUGUGGGAAUGGCAGGACGGGCUGGGCACCUGGCACCCCUACAGUGCCACCGUCUGCAACUACAUUGAGCAGCAGUUUAUCCAGCAGAAGGGCCAGCGCUUCGGGCUGGGGAGUCUGGCCCACAGCAUCCCCUUAGGCCAAGCUGACCCCUCGCUGGCCCCUUACAUCAUUGACCUCCCCAGCUGGACCCAGUUCCGCCAGGACACUGGCACCAUGAGGGCUGUGCGGAGGCAUCUGUUCCCCCAGCAUUCAGCCCCGGGCCGGGGCAUUGUCUGGGAGUGGCUGAGUGACGAUGGCUCCUGGACAGCAUAUGAAGCCAGUGUCUGUGACUUCCUGGAGCAGCAGGUGGCCAGGGGCAAUCAGCUCGUGGACUUGGCUCCUCUGGGGUACAACUAUACCAUCAACUACGCCACCCACACACAGACCAACAAGACGUCGAGCUUCUGCCGUAGUGUGCGGCGCCAAGCAGGACCCCCGUAUCCGGUGACCACCAUCAUUGCCCCACCAGGCCACACGGGAGUCGCCUGCUCUUGCCAUCAGUGCCUCAAUGGCGGUGGAACUGGCCCCGUGUCGGGCCGCUACCGCCACUCCAUGACCAACCUCCCUGCUUACCCUGUCCCCCAGCCCCCCCACAGGACCGCCAUUGUCUUUGGGGCCCACCAGGCCUUUGCCCCAUACAAUAAGCCCUCACUCUCUGGGGCUAGGUCUGCACCCAGACUGAACACCACCAACCCCUGGGGUGGGGCACCGCCCUCCUUGGGGAACCAGCCCCUCUACCGCUCCAGCCUCUCCCACCUGGGACCGCAGCACCAGCCCUCAGGAUUGCCCACUGCCAGCAGAGUCAGUGCCUCCCUCCCCAGCGGUCCUGCCAGCAGCCCUGGGAGCAUCCCUGCCGUCCCUGCCGCUGUGCCCGUGCAGAUGCCGAAGCCCAGCCGGGUCCAGCAAGCCCUCGCAGGCAUGACGAGUAUUCUGAUGUCAGCCAUUGGACUCCCUGUGUGUCUUAGCCGCGCACCCCAGCCCGCCAGCCCUCCCGCCUCCUGUCUGGCCUCUAAAAGUCACAGCUCAGUUAAGAGAUUGAGGAAAAUGUCCAUGAAAGGAGGGACUCCAAAGCCCGAGCCAGAACAGGUGAUAAAAAACUAUACCGAAGAGCUGAAGACAGCCCCAGAUGAGGACUGUAUCAUCUGUAUGGAGAAACUGUCCAUGGUGUCCGGAUACAGUGAUGUGACCGACAGCAAGACUAUUGGGCCGGUGGCUGUGGGCUGCCUCGUCAAGUGCAGCCAUGCCUUCCAUCUGCUCUGCCUGCUGGCCAUGUACUGCAAUGGGAACAAGGACGGGAGUUUGCAGUGUCCUUCCUGCAAAACCAUCUAUGGAGAGAAAACCGGGACCCAGCCCCAGGGGAAGAUGGAUGUGUUCAAGUUCCAGGUAUCCCUCCCUGGCCACGAGGACUGCGGGACGAUACUAAUAGUUUACAACAUUCCUCACGGCAUCCAGGGCCCAGAGCACCCCAACCCCGGAAAGCCAUUUACCGCCAGGGGCUUUCCUCGACAGUGCUACCUUCCAGACAAUGCCCAGGGCCGCAAGGUCUUGGAGCUGCUGAAGGUGGCCUGGAGGAGGCGACUUAUCUUCACGGUAGGGACAUCCAGCACCACGGGAGAGACUGACACAGUGGUGUGGAACGAGAUCCACCACAAGACUGAGAUGGACCGCAAUGUGACAGGCCAUGGCUACCCUGACCCCAACUACCUGCAGAACGUGCUAGCUGAGCUGGCUGCCCAGGGGGUGACCGAGGACUGCCUGGAGCAGCAGUGAGCCCUUCCCCCAGCCUGGCUGGCCCUGUCCCCACCCCGCCAUACCUGCCUCUGGCAGCCAGCUGCCCUCUCCCCGCUGCUGCUGGCUGAGCUGUCCCUGGGAUAGGCCAGCGGGAAGGUGCCUUUCCUCAGUGAGGUUUGUGGGGGCCCCGCCUUCCGCCCCCGUCCUCACCUCCAGGCCUGGGAUUACAGAGGAGUUGGGCAAGCCUGGGGAGUUGUAGUUGUGGAGGCUUAAGAUGCAGCUACCUCAGUGCGUGGGGAGGCCCUGUGGCCUUGGUGGGCUGCUUUGGGUCCGUAGUGCCAGGGGCCUGGCGUGGGAUGAGGCGAGACUGCCCCAUCCCCCAUCGUGGCCAGGGCAGGCGUGGGUUCUGGGUUAGCUUCUCAUACCUCAGAUGUUCUGUUUGCAAUAAAUGCCCUAUAGCCAAAGUCA